AUGCAGCUCACGACGUCAACGUUGGCUUCGGCGGCUUUGUUCCUCAGCUGCAGUGUUGCGGCACAAGGCGAUGCUCAGACACCUCUCGUCGGCCCCGCCCGGGAUGCCAUAUCGCCGUCUUCACGGCCAAACAUUGUCUUCGUCUUGACCGAUGAUCAGGACCUGCACAUGAACUCUUUGGAGUACAUCCCGCUGAUUCAGAAACGGCUUAUUGAAGAAGGCACACUGUACAAGAAACAUUUCUGCACGACGGCAGUUUGCUGCCCGUCGCGUGCGAGUUUGUGGACUGGCAAAUUGGCUCAUAACACCAACGUCACUGACCUCAACCCACCAUAUGACAUGGCUUAUGAGCAUACACUAAUUGGUUUUGCAGGUGGUUUCCCCAUUUUUGUGAAAAAUGGCCACAAUGAGAACUAUCUCCCCAUUUGGCUACAAAAGGCCGGAUACAGCACCUAUUACACGGGUAAAAUGUUCAAUGCCCAUACUGUUUGGAACUAUGACAGCCCGCACUUGAAGGGCUGGAACUCCUCUGAUUUCCUCCUGGACCCUAACACCUAUGACUACUACAACGCCACCUUCCAGCGUGACCAUGAGAAGCCGGUCAACCAUCUCGGCGAGUACUCGACGGAUCUAGUCGCCGAGAAGGCCUACGGGUUCCUGGAUGAAGCUGUGGAUGCCGGCAAGCCCUUCUUCCUUGGCAUUGCUCCCAUCGCACCUCACAGCAAUGUCAACUCCAGUAUCCUUCUCCCAGUCAAGGGCCCAGACGACGAUGUGCCCGUCUCUGAUGACAAGUUCAGGGUCAGCAUCCCGUUAGCUGCUAAGAGGCAUGAGCACCUCUUUGAGGAUGCCAAGGUUCCGAGAACAGAAAACUUUAACCCUGACAAGCCUUCGGGCGCCGACUGGGUUCGUCGCCAGCCCAAGCUCACGGAUGAGAACGUGGCAUACAACGAUAAGCACUAUCAAGGACGUCUACGUGCCCUACAAGCAGUUGAUGAGCUUGUCGACGGUCUCGUGGAGAGAUUGGAAAAGCAUGGCAUCCUGGACAACACCUACAUCUUCUACACGACGGACAACGGCUACCACAUUAGUCAGCACCGGCUGCAGCCCGGCAAGGAGUGUGGAUACGAGGAAGAUAUCAACAUUCCACUCAUCGUUCGUGGACCUGGUGUUCCCAAGGGAGGCGUGACUGAAGCCGUAACGGCCCACGUUGACCUCGUUCCCACCAUCCUGUCGCUCGCGGGUGCCCCGUUGAGAGCCGACUUUGAUGGAGCCCCGAUCCCGCUCUCGACAAAGGACCUGACGGAGUCCCCCCUGACUCGCGAGCACGUUAAUGUUGAGUACUGGGGCUGGGCAAUCACUGAGAGCAAGUUCGGCUUCAAUGGCGAUGACACGAAGCGCAUCUUUAACAACACGUACAAGGCGCUGAGGGUUGUUGGGGAGGGCUACAACCUCUACUACUCUGUUUGGUGCACUAACGAGCAUGAGCUGUAUGAUAUGACUACGGACCCCGGCCAGCUUCAUAACCUCUUGCACGCCGACGAGGCCGUCCAUGCUGCAGGCGCAACCAUUCUCGGCUAUCCUCUCAAGAAGGUCCUACCCAGACUCGACUCCCUACUCUUCGUUCUCAAGUCUUGCAAGGGCACGACAUGCUCGCAGCCAUGGAAGGCCCUACACCCUACAGGAAACGUCGGUAGUCUACUCGAAGCCCUCGCACCGCGCUUUGACGACUACUACAUCCAGCAGACGCGUGUGCAGUUCGAUCAAUGCGAGCUGGGUCACAUUGUCGAGGCCGAAGGGCCGCAGUUUGAGCAUGAUGGAGCUGAAGCUGUUCUGAGGCAUCGCCGCAUAAUGAAAGCUGAAUGGAUUACCUACCGCUUCCCGAUUAUCUGCCCGUCGUACAAGAGUAGUGGGGUUCUACAGCAUCAAAAGGCGGUGAAAAUUCCCUCAGCCAAGGUCUGCAAGUGA